AUCAACUUACACUACUAUUUUCCCAUGGCUUCCUUUGCAAAGCGCUUUACUUUUUUCUUCCUUCUAAUGCUAUCCUCCUAUGUCCAGAUUCAAGCUAGGGAGAGCAAGUUCUUUAGCAAGAUCUUCCAUCUUGGGGCCAGAAUUUCUCCUGAUGAGGUACCUACACCGACGCCAGCACCAGCACCAGCACCAGAACCGGCUAACUCUGAGAGUCAAGAUCCUUAUUAUGGCCUUUAUGGUCAGGGCUCUGGUAUGUUCCCUCCUGCAAAAGAUCCUGUCAGCACUACCCACACUCCCACCACUGCUACCACUUUCGAAAAUGAUCUUCUCGCUGAAGAACUUGACGAUGAAAAAUUUGAGACGGGCUAUGAGAAAAACAGCUACAACAACAAUGGCUACACCACCAGAAACUACAACUACAACAACGGCUACACCACCAGCAAUCACAACAACAAUGGCUACACCACCAGCAACUACAACAACAAUGGCUACUCAAGUAGCUAUAAGACUAAUGGCUACGCCAGCAACUACAACAACAAUGGGUAUGAGACUGAGAGACAAGGAAUGAGCGACACCAGAUCUGUGGAAGGUGGCAAGUACUAUUAUGACGUGGAAAAUGUGAAUUAUUAUCCUGAAGGAUAUGAGUCAGGUAAAGAAACUUCUAAAAAUGAAGGUUACUAUGGAAAUACAGAGAACUCCAAUGAGUUCAACUCCAUGGGAGAGUUCCAGGAGAGCCAAGAAGAGUAUGUGCCCUGAUGUUGUUCAGGAAUGAAAUACACACUACAGUGGAUACAUUUAAAGACCCGGAAGACUAAGUUAUGGGAAUCUUUCAUGUUUUAUUUUCUAAUCUCACUUGUUUUUGCACAAUUUUUAAGCUUUGCAAAUCAAAAAGGAUUGAAGACUAUACCGUUUCACAUUGGACUUGAUUGUAUACAUUUAAGGGUAGCUAUUGUUCUCUUGA